AUCGAUUUGUUUUUAAUUCAAAAAUCAAAUUCAAGUUCUUAAUCAAAGUUUUAAGAUUACUCGUUCCUUGUUCUAAAUAUUAUAUUGCUGUGUAUUAUUAUAAUUGUAAAUAGAAGUGAUCUCAAAACAUAAUUUUAAAGCGUAAUUAAAUAACUGCUUAAAUAUAAGUCAUUUGCGUGUGUAAAGCAAUAUAAUAAAAUAACUUAAGUAAAAAAAUGUAAACAAACAAGAUUUUAUAGUAUUUCAUAGGAAAUGAGUUUUUAGCGUUACGGUAACAGUUAGCUAAAACUGAGGGUAAACUCUUCUUCGGGUCCUUAAACACUAUCUAUCCCUGGCUGCAGUCCAUGAGAUCCAGAAUACUUGCAGCCUUCAUCGUCUUCGAAGCUAAAGAGUAUUUAUUCACUUUUCAGUGUUUUCAUAGGGUUAAUAUACCCAUAAAGCUGAGGGGAUACAUUGAGUAAAUUAAACAAAGUUUGAAUAAUUUUUUCGAGUUGUUACAUUAGAUUUUUAACAUGUUUAGAAAUAUGGAACAAUCAUUAGAAGACAGAUUAUAUGAUUCAGUGCUUCAAGACAACCUCGAUACUGUUUUACACUUUGUGUCUCUAGGUGCAAACCCAAAUAAAAUAACUUGUCACGGUAAAACAUCAAUGGGAGAGGCUGCUAAAGGAGGAAAUAUGGCUAUUGUCAAGGCACUAAUAGAUGCCUGUACUGCUAACAGCACAAUAAAGAAACCUUCACAAGGUUGUACUAAGAAGAGAUAUUCAAAAUCACAUAAGAGGAAAUUAAAUAGCAGUGAAUGUGAGGAGACAGUGGUUAAAUACAAAAACUUAAGUGAUAGAACUUUUAAAGAGACUCAGAUAGAUGAAAAUGAUUCAUUGAGAGGUCAGACUCCUGAAAAAAAUCAGGGUUAUUUUGUUUUUAUACACAGUGACGGCUCCAGUAGUGAUGAAAGUCGUAUUGGUGGUAGCAAGUCUCCAAUCAGCCCUUCCUCUUUAGCAUCCACACCGCAAGCUGAGUUGGAGUGGGAUGAGGAAAUAGUUAAUGUAGCACCAAGCACAAGUGAAGAUGAAACAUGGACAUCUAUGUAUAAAUGGUAUGCAGCAAUUUUGGAAUGCACUGGUGCUGCAAUUGCUUCCGCAUCAGUGGUGACAAAUGGAAUUGACCAACAAGAUGCUUUUAUGAGGACAGCACUACAUUAUGCAGCAGAACAAGGACAUUGUGGAAUUGUUAGAUUAAUUUUAGAUGCAGGGUGUAAAGUAGAUAUAACAGCAGGAGAUGGGUUAACGUCUCUCCACAUUGCUGCUAUGAGGAAUCACGCAGAGAUAGUAAAACAACUUUUGGCUGCCGGCAGUCAUGUCAACUACAAAACUCAUGAAAAAAUGACACCCUUACAUUUUGCUGCGUCAAGGGGAUUCCUAGAAUUGGUGAAAAUAUUAGCCAGUAAUGGAGCUUACUUAGAGGCGCGCGACACAAGUGAACGUACCGCUUUAUACUUAGCAGCCGGACGGGGUCACGUGGAUGUUGUGCAGUAUCUGAUAUCUGUCGGAGCAAAUGUUAAUGGCGAAGAAAUUCAUGGUUACACACCUCUUUGCGAGGCUGUAUGGCAGCGGUACACUCAAGUGGUCGAAGUUCUUCUCUUAUCCGGAGCUAGAGUGACUCACUCGCACAAAUUACUGCAUAACGCUAUUAUACAACGACAGGAGGACAUAGUCAGAAUGCUCGCAAAUCUAGGCGGUGGUAUAAAUUUACACAAUGACAAUGGUGAUACGCCGUUGCUUCUAUCGGCGAGGUUGGCUCAGCCUGCUGUUGCUCGGAUACUUCUGGAAAAAGGAGCCAAUGUCAAUUCCUGCAAUAGUAUAACGGGUGCAAGUGCGUUACACAUAGCAGUGGAGAGUAUAGAAAGCGCUGAGGAAUUUGAGCAAUUGCUCGUCUGUUUGAUAGAAUACAAGAUUGACUUGAACUCCACCGCUCUUACCGGCGACACAGCACUUAAUAGAGCUCUGUUACUACAAAAAGACCUAGCAGCGGUGUUAUUAAUACGUCAUGGGUGUGACGUAAAUGCAUGCGAUUUACAUUCAUGCGGCUUGGACAACCUAUCCAUCGCUAGUCGAAGACGCUCCAUACGCCUUGCUAGUUUGCUCCUAAAAGCGGGCCACCAUAUCCCAAUACCAGAUCCAAAUAACUCUAUACCCAAAGAGGGUACAACUAAAAAAUGGCUCUACAAUAUUUGUAAACACCCACCUAGUCUAUUCGAUUUGUGUAGAAUAACACUACGGCGAUUUUGUAAGAAUAGACCCUUGUUUAACUAUGUCCACUCUCUACCAUUACCGAAGAGUUUAAAAUGUUUUCUAAUGUUGGAAGAUGAAGGUAACACGGACAUUUAUUGUACCUAAAUGCGUUUUUUAGUCCUUCGUUGAGAAAAUUAGAUUACAAUUUCUAGUCAAUAUCUAGUAGAUUUAUCUAUUGUCGAGGGAUGACAAAUAUUCGAAGUGAUCUUAAAAGGCCCUUGAAUUUUACGGGGCUAUAACUUGAAAUUUGGGUCAAGAUGCAGUACUCUACUUAAGUUCAGAUGGAACUAUAAAACAAUAAAAAAAAAUUUUCAAAAUCGGUUUAUAAAUUACGGAAUUAUCGUUGGACAUACAUAAAAAAACAUACAUACAGCCGAACGUAGAAUCUCCUCCUUUUUGGAAGUCGGUUAAGAAAGAAGUAAACAUGUUUUACUGUCGAGGGAACAACGCUUACACCUUGUGUUGAAAUUUUAUUGAAAAACGUUUUCCACAAAAACUUGAUUUGUUUGAUAAAAUAAUCAGUAGAAUAGAUAUUUAUGGAACUUCGUAAUGAUUUAUUUCAAUAAAACUGUGUCCUUUCGAAUAUUAUGGCCUAACAGCCAGUGUUAUGUUAUUUUUAAAUAAAAUAAUGAAACCUUACAACAACCGGAUAAAAAAAAAUAUCGUUUCUCCUUACGUAUGUUGUAGUCAUGAAAAUAAUUGGGAAUCCAUCGGGUCCAUGCACUGUAUUCGAUCUAAAACUAUUCUCCUAGUCGUAGUUAUAUAGGUAUGAAUAAGAGUCUGUAUAUUUAGUACCAAAAUUACCUAAAUUAAUGUACACAAGGUCAUUAGUUGACAAAGGCGUUGCAGGGAAUAUUUUAUUUAAGUAGGUGUAUAGUAUACUACUCGUAGUUCGCAUCAAGUAUUUGUACCACUCUAUAAUCUUCAAUAGUCUUAACACUAAAAGCGCCAAUAACUCAUCGAUUAGAAGGCUGGAAUCAACAUCAUUAUGUCCUAAUACGAUGUUCACUAGACAAGUUGGAGGGUAAAACAAAUAUUGGUUGUAUUAAAAAAAAUGUUCUAAUGACUGCAUUGUAGACAGAGAAGUAAAGACCACCCCCCCCCCAAUCUACGGCUAUGGUGGCAACCUGUAAGUUAGUGAAAAACUGGUUUAAUGUAGUGUUAGUAUGUCAAAUUGUAUAUGUAUAUAACAAUAAUUUAUAACUUUACUUACAACGGCACGCCAAUCAUUUGUCUAUUUAUUUAUCUGUCUAUGGGGUGCAUAUUUUAAAUUAAAUAAAAAUAUUGUGUGGUUGUGCUGUACCAUGACGCGAAUCUAAAAAUGUAUUGUUUUGUGAUAUUAGUUUAUAUAAUAGAACAUUUAGCUAUAACUUUAAAUUCAUCAUCAUCAUCAUCAUAUCAGCCGAUGGACGUCCACUGCAGGACAUAGGCCUUUUGUAGGGACUUCCAAACAUCACGAUACUGAGCCGCCUGCAUCCAGCGAAUCCCUGCGACUCGCUUGAUGUCGUCAGUCCACCUGGUGGGGGGUCGGCCAACACUGCGCUUACUAGUGCGGGGUCGCCAUUCCAGCACUUUGGGACCCCAACGUCCAUCGGCUCUUCGCACUAUGUGCCCCGCCCAUUGCCACUUCAGCUUCGCAACUCGUUGAGCUAUGUCGGUGACUUUGGUUCUUCUGCGGAUCUCCUCAUUUCUGAUUCGAUCACGCAGAGAUACUCCUAACAUAGCUCGUUCCAUCGCCCGCUGUGUGACUCUGAGCCUUCUUAUGAGGCCCAUAGUUAGCGACCAAGUCUCGGAACCAUAGGUCAUCACUGGCAACACGCACUGUUCGAAGACUUUUGUCUUCAGGCACUGAGGAAUUUCGGACGAAAAGAUGUCGCGAAGUUUCCCGAAUGCAGCCCAGCCGAGUUGGAUUCGACGGUUCACCUCUUUCUCGAAAUUGGACCUACCUAACUGGAUCAUAUGUCCUAGGUAUAUGUAUUCGUCUACAAUUUCGAGUGCAGCGUUCUCAACUAUAACUGGGUGGAGCGAUACAUGAGCAUUACACAUUAUUUUUGUUUUGCCCAUGUUCAUUUUCAGGCCCACCUGUUGAGAAACGCUGCUGAGGUCAUUGAGCAUAGUACUAAGGUCAUCCAGAGUCUGUGCCAUGAUGACUACAUCAUCCACGAACCGCAGUUGAGUGAUGUACUCGCCAUUGAUGUUGAUGCCAAGUCCGCCCCAGUCCAGAAGCUUAAAGACGUCUUCCAAUGCGGCGGUAAAUAGCUUCGGAGAGAUCACAUCUCCCUGACGCACUCCUCGCUGCAACUGGAUUGGCCUCGUAGUCUGAUCCUGAAUACGGACUGACAUAGUGGCGUUUUCGUACAAGCACUUCAACGCUUGAAUAUACCUGUAAUCAAUU